GUGCACCUAUUAAUAGCUUUUCAAUCGCCAAAAUGGCGGGACGCACCUGCUUUGACACCUACUUCCUUGGUGUAAAUAUCCACCUGUUGUUGUUUGUAGAAUAAGUUGUUCAACAGUACCUCCUGGUGGUGACGGAUAUUAUCAGCAAUGGCGGCGCCGCGGAAAGGAACGAAAGCUGUCAACUGCACGACCGAAAAGGGUCCGAAGUACACGAACGUCCAGAAUUAUUACUUGAAUGACUGCUCUGGGGUGCAGAUUGGAAAUCAGAAUCAACAGUUUGCCGUGUUUGACGAUGGUGUUCAGCUGCUGGAGCAACCACUUGAGGCAUCCACUAACGGGUUUACAACUGAUCAGGUUGUUGUGGCAAUGUUGACAAGCAUCCUCAAUCCAACACAUAGUGCAGAUGCACCACCAGUAUGUUUGCAAAAGCUAGAAGACUCUUUCAACAAACUUUAUGGAAAUGUUGAACGUAAACAGAGAUUCAAGGAAAUCACAGGUUUGAAUUUACUACCAUUCUUAAGACGUAUCCCUGAUAAGUUCAAUCUAAGUUUGAAAAACUCAAACUGGUUCGUACAGGCAGUCCCACUCAAGGUGAUUCAAGGACCACAGCAAUCACAUGUGUCUGAAAAUGAAGCAAGGUUUUUACAGAGAAGCACAAAGGCAAUCGAAGCAGCUGCCACUUCUGUAACUAGCUCAGAUGACACAAGCGAAGAAGAAACAGAUGGUGAAUGGACAAUUGUUGGGGGGAAGAAAGGAACUAAGGCGAAACAUGUCAUCGACCCUGCAUCUACAAAAAAAACAGGAAAGAAAAUGGAAAGAAAUACAUAUGCAAGUGUACUCUCAGGUCCACCCAAGCAAGGAAGCAAGAGAACAAAAAGGGUUUCAGUGAACCCAACUCAAGCCAAAUGUAAUACAAUGUGCCUACCAUCUUCUCCAUUUCAACAGUCAGUGGACAGGCACCAGGUAGAGCAAACGCAGUCAGCUUUUGAAACAUUCAUGAAAGAAGUUGACAAUUUCAAAAAAGGUCACUUUGUUCUGGUGACUGGGGAUCUGUCUGGCAACACUCUUUCAAAAUCGGUUGAAGUUCUAACAGCCAUUCCAUGGAUGUUGGUAUUUGAUUUUGAUGAAAAAAGCCGUGAUCAAGGUCUCCUGGCAAGGGUAGAGGAACCGCUUAAAAUUGCAAGCUCCUUGCAUAUUUGCAGCUGGAGAGAACAGGUCAAGAUAUCUGAAAUGGCUACGACUUGGUAUUUCAUCCGAGGUUAUCGAGAAAUUCCAGAAACGAGAUUUGAAAAGGGAUACCGGGACUGGUUCAAGCAGGUUAAUUCUCCUGUUACAACUCUUGCUGAAGAACUUGCAGGUUUUGUCCAAGACACAACUGUCCUGAAAGUUGUAGUGAUUUGGAAUGAUGACAUUUCUAAGUACCUUGACUACAUUGUUUGCAAGUUAGAUGAAAACAUACAACAGAGUAUAAAGAUCAUCAUAUGCAGAGAUGACAAAUCCAGUGAUAAUUCCCAAAAUGAUUUCACACACAUGUGUCAUCAAGUUGAAGAAAACAUAGCCGUUAUCAAUAUUUCAGCACCUAAUCUCUUUCUGGGUAUAUGUGAUCACAUUCAUAAAGGUGUCAGUUCAAAGAGAAACUAUGACUUGUUUGAAAUACCAACUGCAAAUGAUUGUGGGAACUCGGUUGACAAGCAAGGAUUUGCAUGGCUACAUGAAUACAUCCAGGUAAUCUGCAGGAAGUUUCCUGAGGACUCUUCAUCAGAUGUUGAGCUCAUCGAGGAAGAAGCACGUGUUUUCUUUCAAGGUGGAACACUGAAAUGGGCGACAAGGUUUCUUUGUGGAUCAGAAUACUUGGAUGUUGAAAGAGAUGCAUUGGGCCAAAUCGUUGAGAAAAUAAAGAACUUGGUCCUGUCAUUUAAAUCUGGGUUAUAUACUCUUCAUCAUGCACCCGGAUCGGGUGGAUCUACUUUGGCACAACGUGUUCUAUGGGAAUUACGGGACACAUCACCUUGUGUCCAAAUACACUUCCACCCAGGCGUAUCAGUUGGGGACAUAGUAAGCCGCCUUGAGUAUCUGUAUGAGAGAACACACCUACCAAUCAUUGCAUUGAUUGAUGGUGAGGAUGAGCACAUUGUCCGCUAUCUGAGGCGAAGUGUGAGGCAGAUAUGUUUGGUUGUACUCCAUGUGAAGAGAUAUCCAUAUAGCAUGUCUGAGAAAGAGAAUACAUCUAAGAAUUUCUGGCUUCAGGGAAAUGUCAGCCAAAACGAAGCAAGAAAUCUUGCCACAAAAUUUGGAAGCUUUUGCAAAGAAGAACAGAGACGUGAUGCACUUAAAUCUCUGAGCAAGGGGGUGAGGGAAGGAGUUGAGCAUCAAUUAUAUGAGUUUGGACUCACUGCAUAUCUACAUGAAUUUAAUGGCAUUCAGUCCUAUGUGCAUGGAUAUCUCCGUUUAGACAAGAACGCCCCAAAAGAACUUCUGCCAUGGCAGAAAAUGUUGGGUUACUUUUCCCUUGUCUAUUAUUAUGGACAAACCUCAAUUCCUUGCCAGUUCUUUGCUCAUAUGCUUGGAAAACCUUCUAACUAUGUUGUGUCCAUUGAUGAUUUUCCAUAUGAAGUUAGACAAUUUGUUGUCAUUGAUACUUCAAAUGGCAAAUCAAAUGAAAUGAGGGCAUGUCAUUACAUCAUAGCAAAGGAAAUAUUAGAACAACUCCUUACUGGGGGACACACCACCAGAAGUGAGCGGAGUGAGACACUUUCCGCAAAGGCGUGUAGCAAGUUGGGCAAGUUUGCAGUCUCGUUCAUUGAUGAUGCAAGUCUGAAAAGAGUGAAAUUAGCUGUAUCCCCACAGGCAGUAAUGCAUAUGCUUGUUCGAACCUUCAUCUCCCGAGACAUCAAAGACACUGGCGAAAGUGAAACACAGUCCAAGAAACGUCCUUCAUUAGCGAAAUUGCUGGUGGACAUUACUUCUAAACCACCAUACACUGAGCGACUUCAGGUGUUGCAAAAGCUAACUAAAGCAUUUCCCAAGGAACCAAAUGUACAUGCCCACUUAGGACGGUUUUAUGCAAUGUGCAGGCCAAAUGAAGAGGAUAAAGCAAUAAAUGCUUUCGAAACAGCUUUGAAACUUUGUGAGAAGAAAAUGGAAGGAAAAAACCCAGAAGAACAAAAUGAAAGAUUGAAAAUAACACUUUCCCAUAUCUAUCAUAUGUAUGGUAUGAUAUAUGGACAACAGGUUCACAGAUUUAAAAGCAAGCAAAUUUCAAGCAAGAGCUUUGACGAGAAAGCUUCAGAUUUAUUACAACUAGCUGAGUUAGCUUGUAAUUUAUUUAUCAAAUGCAGAGAAGCAAAGCCACCAGGCCAUGAAGACAGCUUUGGAUAUGUAGGGGAGAUUAAGGUCAGGUUACGGGUGUGUGACUUUGUAAUUCGGCACAGUGGUUAUGAAAAUAUGCAUGAAUACAUUGCUGAAGAAAUAAACUCAGAAAAUGGUUCCCAAAUUGCCAUCUUCAUAGAGAAAAGUAUCACAGCCAUUGAUGACCUUAUCAUUGAAUGCUCGACAGUUGUCGAUCCAGCUGACAUUGAUAGUUCUUUCAAUGAUGCUGUCACCUGGCAUCAAAGUUUGCUUGGAAAAUAUGGUCAAAGCUUAGAGGCAUUACACUUACCUGAUACUAUUGGCAGUAAAAGGUUCAAAACUGCUGCCAUAAAGUUGAAACAUGGUGGACAUGCACAACUUGACAGCAUCCGAUCCGAAGCAGACAUUAAAGAAAUUGUUGCUUCUUUUGAAGAUAUUUUUGAAGAUGCAUUCAACAGAGGCGUGGAAAAUAGGAAAACACUUGAUAUUGAUUUCCAGGAAUGGUUAAAUGCAAUCAGACAUGACAGCCUUUCAGUGGACUACAGUUUAGAAACUGUCCUCAGCCAGGUGAGAAAGUGGCAUUCGAUGCUAAGUUCACCAAUGUCGAAGUUCAGUCUAUUUGUUCUCACAAGCAUCAUUGGAUUUGGCACAGAAUUGGGGAAUGGCAACCCUGAAUGCCUGUCUGAGGCCCAGAAUUUAAAAGAGGAACUACGGAAAUAUGGACGCUGGGUAACAAGAUCUCGAUAUCCCCGAGAAUGGUUGGGAAACACUGGAAAAAAAAUCAAAUGUUUGAUUUCCAACAAAGUUUAUGUUGGUAAUUCUGAAGGAGAGGUUACAAAAGUAUCAAAUGCACGGCGUUCUCUGGUUGUAUGUAAGGGUACCAUCCGUCCUCCAAACAAGAACAAAGUAGCUGGGUUUAUCGAACUUGAUCUGGGCAACAACUAUGUUCCAGUCCAUGUGUUCUUUGUUCCACUGCGUACAAAAUUUGAAGGUCCCAUUAACUCUGGUGAACGUGUAGAAUUUCAUCUUGGAUUCAGCUUCUUCAAUGGAUAUGAGGCUUUCAAUGUGAAGGCUUUGAAAAGGUAUGAAUGCAUUUCAUGUGGAUCCAAGGUUGAAAUUCUCAGCUGUGAACAGUCAAAAGCUUGCAUGAAUGAAAGAUGCCAACAGCAAAUUAGGAAGAGCGAUGAAUUUUGAUGCUAGACGAUGUUACAAAAUCUUACAAGAUGUUACAAGAGGUUGCGUGAAUGAAAGAUGCCCACAGCACAUCAGGAAGAGCAAAGAAUUUUUAUCCAAGAUGUUAGCGGUCUCCAAGUUACAAAAUCAGUGUACAGAAAUGACCCAACUGUUAUUGGUUUAAAAUGAAUUCUCUCAGGUUGACAAUUUUCGAAUCAUCAGCCUGAGGUGCUAUACACGAGUGAUUCCAGCAAUGUUGUCAAGCAUACUCGGAUAUUUGUUUGUUUUAUUACUCGGUUUUCGGAUCCACCAACUCCAAAUUCACAAAUGUGAAAUAAAAUUGUUAUUUAUGUAUUCCCAUUGGGGCUGUCAGUAUGUACAUCUGGAGCUGCAGCUGACAGCUGUGACUGGUAAGUCCCCCAUUAUGUCCCCGACAUGAUGUGUACAGCCGCCAUGGUGCAACUGUAGUUGCAGUACUUGUACCAGUUACUGUAGAUUAGCAACUGGUGGAUCCAGCUUCUGUAUCUUGCGGCACAGGAUGUCUGAGAUGAGUUCCAGUUUUUGUAGAUCUGGAGUCAUGGCAGGCCAAAGGAAGGUCGUGGUUCUUAAUAUUGUUUUCAUGCCAUACAUACAUUUGAUCAUUUCUACAGAUGAACCUACGUUGUAUGUGUGCUUACAUACAUUUGAUCAUUUCUACAGAUGUACCUACGUUGUAUGUGUGCUUACAUACAUUUGAUCAUUUCUACAGAUGUACCUACGUUGUAUGUGUGAUUACUUAAAUUUGAUCAUUUCUACAGAUGAACCUUCGUUUGAUUGUUACUUUAUUCCUUCCUUCUUUGUGUAUGUACGUACACAUAUUUGAUUGUUACUUUAGAUAUUCCUUCUUUGUAUGUCUAUGUACAUAUAUUUGUUGUUACUUUAGAUAUUCCUUCUUUGUAUAUACAUGUACACAUAUUUGAUUGUUACUUUAGAUAUUCCUUCUUUGUAUGUCUAUGUACAUAUAUUUGUUGUUACUUUAGAUAUUCCUUCUUUGUAUAUACAUGUACACAUAUUUGAUUGUUACUUUAGAUAUUCCUUCUUUGUAUGUCUAUGUACACAUAUUUGUUGUUACUUUAGAUAUUCCUUCUUUUUAUAUCUACGUACACAUAUUUGUUGUUACUUUAGAUAUUCCUUCUUUGUAUGUCUAUGUUCACAUACAUGAUUGUUACAUUAGAUAUUCCUUCUUUGUAUAUCUACGUACACAUAUUUGAUUGUUACUUUAGAUAUUCCUUCUUUUUAUAUCUAUGUACACAUAUUUGUUGUUACUUUAGAUAUUCCUUCUUUGUAUACGUACACAUAUUUGAUUGUUACUUUAGAUAUUUCUUCUUUGUAUGUCUAUGUUCACAUACAUGAUUGUUACUUUAGAUAUUCCUUCUUUGUAUAUACAUGUACACAUAUUUGAUUGUUACUUUAGAUAUUCCUUCUUUGUAUAUACAUGUACACAUAUUUGAUUGUUACUUUAGAUAGUCCUUCUUUGUAUAUCUACGUACACAUAUUUGUUGUUACAUUAGAUAUUCCUUCUUUGUAUGUCUAUGUACACAUAUUUGAUUGUUACUUUAGAUAUUCCUUCAUUUUAUAUACAUGUACACAUAUUUGAUUGUUACUUUAGAUAUUCCUUCUUUGUAUAUCUACGUACACAUAUUUGAUUGUUUCUUUAGAUAUUCCUUCUUUGUAUGUCUACAUACACAUAUUUGAUUGUUACUUUAGAUAUUCCUUCUUUGUAUAUCUAUGUACACAUAUUUGUUGUUACUUUAGAUAGUCCUCCUUUGUAUACAUACACAUAUUUGAUUGUUACUUUAGAUAUUCCUUCUUUGUAUGUCUAUGUUCACAUACAUGAUUGUUACUUUAGAUAUUCCUUCUUUGUAUAUACAUGUACACAUAUUUGAUUGUUACUUUAGAUAGUCCUUCUUUGUAUAUCUACGUACACAUAUUUGUUGUUACUUUAGAUAUUCCUUCUUUGUAUGUCUAUGGACACAUAUUUGAUUGUUACUUUAGAUAUUCCUUCUUUGUAUAUACAUGUACACAUAUUUGAUUGUUACUUUAGAUAUUCCUUCUUUGUAUGUCUAUGUACACAUAUUUGUUGUUACUUUAGAUAUUCCUUCUUUGUAUAUACAUGUACACAUAUUUGAUUGUUACUUUAGAUAUUCCUUCUUUGUAUGUCUAUGUUAACAUACAUGAUUGUUACUUUAGAUAUUCCUUCUUUGUAUAUACAUGUACACAUAUUUGAUUGUUUAUUUAGAUAUUCCUUCUUUGUAUAUACAUGUACACAUAUUUGAUUGUUACUUUAGAUAGUCCUUCUUUGUAUAUCUACGUACACAUAUUUGUUGUUACUUUAGAUAGUCCUUCUUUGUAUGUCUAUGUACACAUAUUUGAUUGUUACUUUAGAUAUUCCUUCUUUGUAUAUACAUGUACACAUAUUUGAUUGUUACUUUAGAUAGUCCUUCUUUGUAUGUCUACGUACACAUAUUUGUUGUUACUUUAGAUAUUCCUUCUUUGUAUGUCUAUGUACACAUAUUUGUUGUUACUUUAGAUAGUCCUUCUUUGUAUAUACAUGUACACAUAUUUGUUGUUACUUUAGAUAGUCCUUCUUUGUAUGUCUAUGUACACAUAUUUGUUGUUACUUUAGAUAUUCCUUCUUUGUAUAUACAUGUACACAUAUUUGUUGUUACUUUAGAUAUUCCUUCUUUGUAUGUCUAUGUACACAUAUUUGUUGUUACUUUAGAUAUUCCUUCUUUGUAUAUACAUGUACACAUAUUUGAUUGUUACUUUAGAUAUUCCUUCUUUGUAUGUCUAUGUACACAUAUUUGAUUGUUACUUUAGAUAUUCCUUCUUUGUAUAUACAUGUACACAUAUUUGUUGUUACUUUAGAUAUUCCUUCUUUGUAUGUCUAUGUACACAUAUUUGAUUGUUACUUUAGAUAGUCCUUCUUUGUAUGUCUAUGUACACAUAUUUGUUGUUACUUUAGAUAGUCCUUCUUUGUAUGUCUAUGUACACAUAUUUGUUGUUACUUUAGAUAGUCCUUCUUUGUAUGUCUAUGUACACAUAUUUGAUUGGUACUUAAGAUAUUCCUUCUUUGUAUGUCCAUCUUCACAGAUUUAAUUUUUUACUUUAGAUAUUCCUUCUUUGUGUAUUUACGUACACAUAUUUGAUUGUUUCUUUAGAUAUUCCUUCUUUGUAUGUCUAUGUACACAUAUUUGAUUGUGACUUUAGAUAGUCCUUCUUUGUAUGUCUAUGUACACAUAUUUGUUGUUACUUUAGAUAUUCCUUCUUUGUAUGUCUAUGUACACAUAUUUGAUUGUUACUUUAGAUAGUCCUUCUUUGUAUGUCUAUGUACACAUAUUUGUUGUUACUUUAGAUAUUCCUUCUUUGUAUGUCUAUGUACACAUAUUUGUUGUUACUUUAGAUAUUCCUUCUUUGUAUGUCUAUGUACACAUAUUUGUUGUUACUUUAGAUAUUCCUUCUUUGUAUAUCUACGCACACAUAUUUGAUUGUUACUUUAGAUAUUCCUUCUUUGUAUGUCUAUGUACACAUAUUUGAUGUUACUUUAGAUAUUUCUUCUUUGUAUGUCUAUGUAUACAUAUUUGAUUGUUACUUUAGACAUUCGGUGACGUAAUUCACACAUGCCACUAUUCCUUCAUUCUGAUUACCUGAAUUGGUCACGUGUUAUUGCAUUCCCAAUUAAGCCACGCCCACCGAGGCGCACUACUUUUAUUACUGCGGAAUGUCGGGGAAUCCCAAUAUUACAGUCGAGGGAAUUCCCUUUCUGCUCACGUGUAUCGUUAUGCAGAGGACAUUUAGCGACUUUCGUGCAUAUUCAUUAUCUAAACUACCCUUUGAAACCGAUGGCCGAUCGCUAUGUUUUUUUCCCGCACGCCUCGGUUCAACUUUCAUGUCUUCGGGUUUCAUUUCUAACUAGCAUUUUUCAAACUGAGUUUUACCGUAAUCCGGGAAGUAAUGUUUGAAUUUGGCGGUAACUGACCAUGUUAUUUGAAACAGCCGCCUUCUCCCGGACAUAAUUCUUCCGGUUCGUUACAGUCUGACUGUUGCAGUUCUUUUCGCCCCCCGCCGUAACUGACAGGUCCAAUGAACAUUGUUUGAUCCUACUCUACGUUGAUUUGCUACUGACUGUGUAGGCGUGUCAAGUAAUGUGCAUAAAUUAAACGAUCACCUGAUUCAUGUCACGCCACAGUAUGUAUUCCUACACUUGGAAUGUUUAUCAAUCUCGUCAUUUUUGUCUGUUUU